CCCAGGCGGGGCCCGAUGCCCGGGCGGGGCAGCGCUCGGGAGCGGCCGGCGCAGGCUCAGGGCGGGGUCGGAGGCGGCUCCUGGCGGGACGGGGCGGGCGGAGAGCGGCCGCGGCGGGAGCGGAGCCGUUCCCCGGCAGUGCGCGGCAUGGCGGCGGCAGCAGGCGGGCGUGCGGCGGGGCUGGCGGGGCUGGCGGGCCUGUCGGCGCGGCCCCUGGGCGCGGCGGAGCCGCUGUCGCUGGGCUCGCUGCGGGGCAAGGUGCUGCUGGUGGCCAAUGUGGCGUCGCUCUGAGGCACGACCACGCGCGACUUCCUGCAGCUCAACGAGCUGCAGCAGCGCUACGGCCCCCGCGGGCUCCAGGUCCUCGGCUUCCCCUGCAACCAGUUCGGUCACCAGGAAAACUGUACCAACGAUGAGAUCCUUCCCAUGCUCGAGCACGUUCGUCCUGGCAACGGGUACAAGCCCAAUUUCCUAAUGUUCGAGAAGUGCGAGGUGAACGGGAAGAAUGCACACCCCCUCUUCACCUUCCUGAAAGAGGCGCUGCCCUUCCCGCACGAUGACCCCUCCUCGCUGAUGACCAACCCGCAGUACAUCAUCUGGUCCCCGGUCUGCCGCAAUGAUAUCUCCUGGAACUUCGAGAAGUUCCUCAUUGGCCCCGACGGCGUGCCCUUCAAACGCUACAGCCGGAGUUUCGAAACCAUCAAGAUCCAGGACGACAUUGAGUUGCUUCUGCAGAAGGUUGCCUAGAAAGUUCUCUGCCCUUUCCCCUUGCUGCGCACCUGUCUGCUUUUCUUGCAGAGAGCUGUUGCUCUGGCAGAAAUCCCAAUGUCUUGUGUAGGUUUUGCUUAUGAUGGUGCAUCUUCCAAAUCCUUGAAGUGUGCUUGAUGUUUUCAAAAGUUACAUGAGAAUGUUUGGGAAAUUAUGCCAGGUCAAGCAGCUGUGAGUCUCAGUAGUUUACUGUGAUUCUCUAAAUAAAAAGAUGUGUACUUUC